UUCUCUCUCUCACACACACACUCAUUCUCUCUCUGUGGUAUUAUUCUGAGUCAGCCGGUGUUGAGCUGUGGUUUGUUGUUUGUGGUCAAACCAGCUGUAUGGGGUAGUGGUAGCUGUCAGUUACUGAUCUCCUCUCCAUGGCCUGCCGUCCCUCUGGCUCUGGCUCCUACACUGUCGUUAUCAUUCCACUCAAGACCAGCCUCUACAGCCUGGAUGCACUUCGCUUCUACCUAUGGAUUAAGCGUAUGAAAGAACUUGAGAAAGAGAAGGAUGCUCUAUGGUGUGGCCUGGAUAUUCUGGAGAGGACUCGGCUCUGGUACCUCCAGCGGCUUGAAGAGAACAGGGUCCGGCAGGACACAGAGAGCAGGAAGGGGUCUGGCAUCUGCUGCGAAGAUGCUCCAGAGGCUCAGGCCUGUCUGCUCAGAUCUCGUAUUCAACGGGUUAAUGGUUCUCUGGGUUCUGUAAUGAGUGAACCCAACGUCAUGAGCAGCAGCAAUCCUUCGAUUCCUGAGGCUGUGACAGACAGCGACAUCCGCUGGCACAACACGGUACUAACUCAGGAAGUGAGUGACAGGAAUCAUCAGAUAUCCUUGUUAGAGAUGGAAAAAGAAGCUCUCCUCGAGCAGCUUGAGGAACUGCACACAUGUAGGCUGCCGACACAUUUAAGCACCUAAUUCUAAAUUUGCUGCACUUUCACUACAUUUAGUGCAAAUUUACUUGAUGUCUUUGCAGAUAUCAUUUACUCAUCUGUAAAUAUGUAUUUAAAUUAAUAAA